AAAUUGCUCUUGAGAAAGCUGAGGUGUGAGCUAAAAGGCACCAUACUGGACAUCAAAGCUUCUCAGUUCCAAUCCCAGUUCUGCCAUGUUUGAACAAUGGGACACUACAGAUUUCCUGUCUCUGAGCUCCUCCUCUUCCUCGUUUAAAAAGGAAAAAGAAUAAUGCCUACACUCAAGUGAUUUUUUUUUAGGGGUUUAAUGAUGAAAGACAUGACUAUUUACUUGAUACGUGUUGAAUUAUUCAACAUGCUGAUGCAUGAGUUACUUUAGGUAUAAUGUUUAGUAUUGUAAUGUUACUGUAGAAUCUAAAAUAAUUGAAGAAUUGUUCACCUUCAAGGAAAAUAAUCUAGUGUUUCAGAAAGUGUUACAGGAUAAACAUUUUAUAUACAAGGUGUGUUAUACACAGGUUGCCCUCAAUGUCAUAUAUUCCCAACUAACAUCAGUUUAAUAAGUCAGAAUGUUGGACAAUUUUUCUAUCCAAAAAGUUAUUACAGUAGCUCUCAAUUUUGAAUGCUCAUUGGAACCACCUGGAGUUAUUAACAUAAGUCAUAAAAAGUGAUUGUGCCUCACCAUAAAAUAGGUGGACCAGGACUUUUAAUGUGGAAUAAGGAUAGGGGAAGCAAUGGAAAACAGAGUAAGAAGAAAUAGUGCCUUAUUUUCAUAAGCCAAAGUCCAUUCAAAAGAGGCAUUAAGUGCAUUUGGCCCAUUGUUUGCUUUUAUAGGUCAAAGGCACACAUUAUUUGCAGGGAGUGUUCUAAAAGCCUGAGGUUUGCAGCACUCAGUUGUCUCAGGAAGAAGAGAAGGCUCCCAUGGAUCCCGUGGUGGUGCUGGGGCUCUGUCUCUCCUGUUUGCUUCUCCUUUCAGUCUGGAAACAGAGGCAUCGGGGAGGGAAGCUUCCUCCUGGACCCACUCCUUUUCCAAUUCUUGGAAACAUCCUGCAGUUAGAUUUUAAGGACAUGAGCAAAUCUAUAACCAGACUGUCUGCAGUCUAUGGCCCUGUGUUCACUGUGUAUUUGGGCAUGAAGCCCGCUGUGGUGAUAUGUGGAUAUGAUGCAGUGAAAGAAGCCUUGGUUGAUCUGGGAGAGGAGUUUUCUGAAAGAGAUGUUUUCCCACUGACUGCAAAAGUUAAUAAAGGAUUUGGCAUCAUUUUCAGCAAUGGAAAGAGAUGGAAGGAGAUGCGACGCUUCUCGCUCAUGACCCUGCGGAAUUUCGGGAUGGGGAAGAGGGGCAUUGAGGACCGAGUUCAAGAGGAAGCCCGCUGCCUGGUGGAGGAGCUGAGAAAAACCAAUGGCUCACCCUGUGAUCCCACCUUUAUCCUGGGCGCUGCUCCCUGCAACGUGAUCUGCUCUGUGAUUUUCCAGAACCGUUUUGAUUAUAGAGAUCAGACUUUUCUUAACUUGAUGGGAAAAUUCAAUGAAAACUUCAAGAUUUUGAAUUCCCCCUGGGUACAGGUCUGCAAUACUUUCCCUAUUCUUAUUGACUGCCUCCCAGGAAGUCCCAGAAAAGUAAUUAAUAAUCUUAGUUAUGUAAAAAAUUAUGUUUUGGAGAAAAUAAAAGAACACCAAGAAUCUCUGGACAUUAACAACCCUCGAGACUUCAUUGAUUGUUUCCUGAUCAAAAUGGAACAGGAAAAACACAACCAACAGUCUGAAUUUACUAUUGAAAACUUGAUGACCACAGUGACUGAUGUAUUUGCUGCUGGAACAGAGACCACAAGCACCACCCUGAGGUAUGGACUCCUGCUCCUGAUGAAGCACCCAGAGGUCACAGCUAAAGUGCAGGAGGAGAUUGAGCGUGUGAUUGGCCGACACCGGAGCCCCUGCAUGCAGGACAGGAGCCGCAUGCCCUACACGGAUGCCACGGUGCACGAGAUCCAGAGAUACACUGACCUCAUCCCCAACAACGUGCCCCGUGCAACAACCUGUAACGUUAAAUUCAGAAACUACUUCAUCCCCAAGGGCACAGCUGUAAUAACAUCACUGACUUCUGUGCUGCAUGAUGACAAAGAAUUCCUGAACCCAGACCGGUUUGACCCUGACCACUUCCUGGAUGCCAGCGGCAACUUUAAGAAAAGUGACUACUUUAUGCCUUUCUCAGCAGGAAAGCGAGUGUGUGUGGGAGAGGCCCUGGCCCGCAUGGAGCUGUUUUUAUUCCUGACUACCAUUUUGCAGAACUUUACCCUGAAGCCUCUGGUUGACCCAAAAGACAUUGACAUCACUCCACUCUCCACUGGGUUUAGCCGUGUGCCACCCUUGUACAAGCUCUGUCUCAUUCCUGUCUGAAGACAGGUGAUGUGGCUGCUGCUGGGCUGUCAUCUGCUAUCCCCACCCCUCCAGAGCAGCUUCCUACUCCUUCGCCUAGCAUGGGUCCCUUCUCUGUCAUGUCCUCUGACAUUUAUUCAUUACUCAAGACAUAGCCUCCAUUAGAGAGGUGUUUUUUUUCUUUUUGGUGUCUCUUUAUAAAUGUGUAUCUGCUAUUCCUUAUCAUCUGUAACUCUUGGAUUGAUCACCAUAGGGACUAAUACCUGUCUAAUGCUGAGUUAUUAAUAUAUUAUCACUAUAAAAUUGAGCAAGAUGGUUGGUAUUUGACAAUUCAGAAUCAUUUCUCCUUUAUGUUUUUUCAAUAGAAGCAUUAUUAAAUGUUGA